UUAACCUAGGUCUCUAGGAGCUGGUUAGCAGUGAGCUAAGUGACCGCGGAGCACUAGGGAAGGACCAGGAGCAGUGAGCCAUCCCGGGCCAUUUUCAGAUCCUGCUGAAAGCUGUCAAGAUUCUGGGGUCCAGCCCUGCUGGGGACCUUCCUUCAUCACACAGAUUUCAGGAAGAGUUUGACUGUGGUCCAGGGCACCAUGAAGAUCGAAUUGCUGCCUGCCCUGACAGACAACUACAUGUACCUGAUCAUUGAUGAGGACACCAAGGAGGCUGCCAUCGUGGACCCUGUGCAGCCCCAGAAGGUUGUGGACACAGUGAAGAAGCAUGGUGUGAAGCUGACCACAGUGCUCACUACCCACCACCACUGGGACCAUGCUGGUGGCAACGAGAAGCUGAUCAAGCUGGUGCCUGGACUAAAAGUGUACGGGGGUGAUGAACGCAUCGGGGCCCUAACCCACAAAGUCACUCACCUGUCCACGCUGCAGGUGGGGUCCCUCAAUGUCAAGUGCUUGUCAACACCAUGCCACACUUCAGGACAUAUCUGCUACUUUGUGAGCAAGCCUGGUGUUUCUGAGUCCCCUGCUGUGUUCACUGGGGACACCUUGUUUGUGGCUGGCUGUGGGAAGUUCUACGAAGGGACGGCAGAAGAGAUGUACAAAGCUCUGCUUGAGAUCUUGGGCCGGCUCCCUCCAGACACGAAAGUCUACUGUGGCCAUGAGUAUACCAUCAACAACCUCAAGUUCGCACGCCACGUGGAGCCCAACAACAUGGCCAUUCAGGAGAAGUUGGCCUGGGCCAAGAAGAAGUAUGGUGGUGGAGAGCCCACGGUGCCAUCCACCCUUGAGGAGGAGUUCACCUACAACCCCUUCAUGAGAGUAAGGGAGAAGACAGUGCAGCAGCAUGCGGGUGAGACGGACCCUGUGACCACUAUGAGGGCCAUCCGCAAGGAGAAGGACCUGUUCAAGGUGCCCCAGGACUGAGGUGGCUGUGGGGCCCAUGGUGGCUUUUGCCUUCAUAAGUAUUCGGGGAUUAGGAUAUUUUAGAUAAUUAAUUUUCCUGCUAGUCAUGCUGGAAAUGCACUCUUGGUUUAAUUUUAAAUUAAUUUCAGAGCUCUUUGCUUGUGUUAUCAAAUGUUCUAAUGCAUAUUUAUAAGAGAAGAAAUUUUAAAAGUAUUUAUUCCCA